AUGAACCUGAUGGAGAGAGUAACAGAAGAAAGAGAAGAUGAAGAAGAUGAGGAGGGUGACGUAUUUGAGAGGUUUCUUCAUGUUGCAUGUGCUCUGUAUCAUGCACACAGCAACUUCGACGUGAUGUUCAUCAAAGUCGAUCCUAUGAUUGUGCAUGGUCCAUAUGAAUAUGAAUCAAUUAAAGAGAUUGUGAAAGAAAUCUCUGACAUAAUCAAUAGUAGUCUCCCGUUACAUAUUGAGGAUGAUCUUGUUGGAAUAUCCCAUAGAUUGCAAAAAAUAAAGUCUCAAUUACAACUUGGAUCAAAAGAAGAGGUCAUCAUGUUUGGAAUUUAUGGAAUAGGGGGCAUGGGUAAAACAACUAUAGCACGUGUCAUGUAUAACUCAUUGACAGAUAAUUUUGAAAGUUCAUGCUUUCUCAGUGACAUUAAAGCAAACUCAAGUAGCUUAGAAAGAAUGCAAGAGAAAAUGCUUUCACACAUUUUAGGGGUGGAGAUAAAAAUUGAAGAUGUAAACAAAGGAGUUGCAAUUAUAAAAAAGAGGCUCAAACGAAAAAAAAUCCUUUUGAUUCUUGAUAAUGUUGAUGGGGACGAGCAAUUGCAAAAGUUAGCUGGUAAUUGUGAUUGGUUUGGUAUUGGUAGUAGGAUCAUUAUUACGACAAGGGACAAGCAUUUACUCGUAAACCAUGGAGUUGAGAGAAAAUAUGAGAUGGAGGCAUUGAAUGAUGAAGAAUCUCUUGAAUUAUUAACUUUGAAAGCCUUUGGAAGCAAGCAAGUUCAUGCAAGUUACAAGGAAGUUGUGGAAAAGGUGAUGUGUUAUGUGCAAGGUCUUCCCUUAGCACUUGAAGUUAUAGGCUCCAACUUGAAAGGAAAGUCAAUAAAGGAGUGGGAAUCUGCAUUAAAUUUGUAUAAAAGAAUUCCUGAUAAAAACAUUCAUCAAACAUUGAAAGUAAGCUAUGAUGGCUUAGGGCAAGCUGAAAAAGAAAUUUUUCUUGAUAUUGCUUGCUUCUUCAAUGAACUCUUCAAAGCAAGAUCAUUGAACGAUGUCAAAGAAAUGGAGAAACAUGUUCACAAUUUUGAUCCAAACUAUAGCAUUAGUGUGUUGUUAGACAAAUGCCUGAUAAAGAUUGAGGUUGAUUAUAUCAAGAUGCACGAUUUAAUACAAGCUAUGGGAAGAGAAAUUGUUCGACAAAAAUCACUAAAGGAGCCUGGAAGACACACUAGAUUAUGGCUGGACCAAGAUAUUGUUCAAGCUUUGGAAAAAAAUAUACUUCGACAAACGGCCUCGACUCUGAGUGUUUUGAAUCUCAAAAAGUGCCAAAAUAUUACACAAAUACCGAAUUUACCUGCCCUCCCAAAUUUAAAAGAAUUAAAUCUUGCUGGAUGCAAGAAUUUAAUUGCCAUUGAUGAUUCGCUCUGUCUUUCAUACUGCUCAAGCCUGAAAUACUUUCCAGAAAUACUAGAGAAAGUGCAACUAACACAAUUGGAGUUGAGGGAAACUGGGAUAGAAAAACUGCCUCCAUCAAUUUGCAAUCUUAUUAACCUUUUUAAUAUAGAAAUUAGUGGGAAAAUCGAGCCACCAAGUAUGAAUUUUUUGUUGCCAGAACAAUAUGAGAAUUUUGAUGAAGGUUAUGGAAAGUUGCUGAAGGAAGUGAUUCCAUUUCGAAGAUUAAGUUUUGUUAACCUCAGAAAUGUUUUUGGAGGCACUUUCUUUAAAUGGGUGCAAGUAUUUGCAAGAAGUGGAAGGAAUUCCACCAAACAUAGGAGUGUUGGAUGCAACAGAUUGCAUAAUGUUGAGUUCAGAGUCGAGAAACUUUUUGUUGAGUAA